AGUUCGUUUACAAAAUUUGUCGAAUAUAUCAUUUCGUCGAUUAAUGAAAAAAAACUGCUGACUAUAACAAACUUCGGAAAUGAAAAUAAUGCAACCGUAGAGCAAGAAAUUCAGCAAACAAGAAGAAAUACAUCUUUAAAUGUUCUAUCACGAGAGGUGAUUCCAUUUUUGAGGAAUACAAAACAUUUGGA